UACUCCCUUGUCGACUCCAGCCAGGUGUCAACCUUCCUCAUCUCCAUCCUUCUCAUCGUCUAUGGCAGCUUCAGGUCAUUAAACAUGGAUUGUGAGAACCAGGAGAAGGACAAGGAUGGAAACCCCACCACCUUCAACAAUGCCAACUCUAACAACAGUAUUCAGACCAUAGAUUCCACACAGGCGCUGUUCUUGCCCAUCGGAGCCUCAGUGUCUCUGCUCGUCAUGUUUUUCUUCUUCGACUCUGUUCAGGUGGUGUUCACUAUAUGCACUGCAGUUCUAGCGACCAUCGCGUUUGCAUUUCUCCUGCUGCCGAUGUGCCAGUAUCUGACCAGGCCCUGCUCCCCACAGAACAAGAUCUCGUUCGGCUGCUGUGGCCGCUUCACGUUGGCGGAGCUGCUGUCGUUUUCCCUCUCUGUCAUGCUGGUUCUCAUCUGGGUGAUGACGGGCCACUGGCUGCUCAUGGACGCUCUUGCCAUGGGUCUCUGUGUGGCCAUGAUCGCAUUUGUGCGACUGCCUAGUCUCAAGGUGUCGUGCCUGCUGCUGUCCGGCCUCCUCAUCUAUGAUGUGUUCUGGGUCUUCUUCUCCGCCUACAUCUUCAACAGCAACGUGAUGGUGAAGGUGGCCACGCAGCCUGCCGACAACCCCCUCGACGUGCUCUCACGCAAGCUGCAUCUGGGCCGGGAUGGCCCCCGCCUCUCCCUGCCCGGAAAGCUGGUGUUCCCCAGCUCCACCGGCAGCCACUUCUCCAUGCUGGGCAUCGGUGAUAUCGUCAUGCCGGGCCUGUUGCUGUGCUUCGUGCUCCGAUACGACAACUAUAAGAAACAGGCCAAUGGAGAAGUGCCCGGUGCUGUCAACAUGUCCGGCCGCAUGCAGCGGGUUUCCUACUUCCACUGCACCCUUAUUGGUUACUUUGUUGGUCUGUUGACCGCAACCGUGGCCUCUCGUAUUCACCGUGCGGCCCAGCCUGCCCUCCUGUACCUGGUGCCCUUCACCCUGCUGCCUCUGCUCACCAUGGCCUACCUGAAGGGGGACCUGCGGCGCAUGUGGUCCGAGCCCUUCCACACCAAGUCCAGCAGCUCCCGCUUCCUGGAGGUAUGAUGCUGCUGCGACCAGCACAAGUUCCCACCAUCCCUCCGUUCCCACCCACCGGAGAGAGAGAGAGAGGUCGGAAGAGAGGAACUGCACUCGUCUUCUCAUCAUCCCUCAUUCCCGUUGUCAUCCUCCAGCCAGUGGAUGAGCAGCUGCAUCAGACUUCACUGCCAGAUGGAUUCAUGCGCUCCUCUCGUCUCCAUUCAUACUCUAUUGGUCUUUUGUUUUUCCUCUACCUCUUUUCUUUCUCAGCUCCAUUCCACCUUUAUAACACCACCUUUCUCUCUCUUGCUUCUAUCCCAUCAUCCCAUUCUUUUCUGUUCCACUGGACUCAUUUUCCCGGAUCGCUCGACAUCUGGACGCGAACCGGAGCCCCUUUGAGCUCCAAGUGUGUUUCCAUUUGUACCGUCUGGCACCAUUGUGGAUUUACAGACAUCUCUUUAUUAUUUCCUGCUCUAAACGAACUGUGGACGAGGAACGUAGAUUCUGCCACAGCUUGGGAUGACGAUGACCCUAUAAGGGACCAGCACACAGUAGAGGACAGCGUCGUUUUCCCCCUUCCUUCCUUCCUUCCUUCCCUCCUUCUCUCUUCCUCUUUCCCUUUCUGAUAAAACCCAGCCCGCAUCCAUCUCUCCCUCCCUCCCGCCACAUUCCCUCUAACAGCCCAUCCUUUGCAGAAACAUGUAUUUUAUUUAGAAAGAUUUUAUUCUUGGCAUAUACAGAAAUGAUGCAUUAUAAAUUGUGGGGGCGCACAGCUCUAUGUAUAUAUGUGUACACAUGUAUUAGGGGUUAUCAUGUCGAGGUGCAAGUGUGCGAACGAAAAUGCAUUUAAACAGGAACCGGUUUUCAUUUCGUUACUUUUAGAUCUCAAAAUGUGCAUUUUUCCCUCAUAAAUUGCUCUAGGUCCCUUUUUUUUGCCUCUUACGUAAAAAUUAAUCGCAGUGCGCCGUUCAGUUUGGCUAUUGAAGACAAGAGUGUGAUUCACGUUUGUGUUUAUGUAUGAAUGUAUGCUGUUGCCUCCACGGGCUCUGGAUGGACCACUGAAGGCGAGCUCUAUCUUGCUAAUGGAGGGAAAUGUUUAAGGAUUGUACUAAGGUCAGUUAUUUAAACAGGCCGAAUUUUUUCCACUAGUAUUUCAAGCAUUAAUUUUUUGGUUUGUAGUCAUUCCUAUAGCCCAAUUGGCUCUGUAAUGAUGAAACUGGAAUUGAGGUGCAAGAUUGAGAGAGAGAGAGAGAGCGAGAGCGAGAGAGUGAGUGAGUGAGUGCGUGUGUGUGUGUGUGUGUA